AUGUGCGUGAAGUGCCUUUUUUUAGCAAGGAGUGAAAUGGCCAUUGAAGAAAGUGCUUGUAACGAUGACAGCCAAGCGGUGACGGAGGCUACAUCAGAACGGACAGUGAACAGCGCCACCGUGUUUCGAUACCCAUUUAACACCAUGGAUCUUGGGUGGCUUGUAGGGUACAUUGAUGCGUUUCUGGUGAAAUCAGAGCGAUGGGCAGCGGCGAUGCGCCUUACUACGUGUUUCAUGACGUUUACUGUGCUGCAUGAGGACCCUUUAAUGGAGGAUGCCACUUUUCAGCUUCACAAGACCAUGUUGGAUAGAAGCAUUAAAAAAAGCUGGCCCAGGCGGAACCGAGACCUAAGCAAUACGUUCGAUGCGGCGUAUCAUGUCUUUGAGACCAUUUGUAUCGUAUCGAAGUAUCCCAAUCUUGACCCUGCUGGCAAAGCAGGGAUUCUCAGGAUGAGUGAGAAGCUUAUUCAAGGCAUGGAGAAGCCGAUGGAUAAUGUCGUGAUUAAAAUUGAUCUUAAGAAGAAAAGUGAAACUUUACAUGCCACACUUGCUCGCCUACAGGCGUUAGGGCGAGCGCCGGAGUCCCUUAGUGCAUUUGACGCACUAAUGGCUUCUCUGAAGAUGGUGUUCUUCUGCUAUGUGGCUUCUCUUGGUAUUAAUAAUAUGAUGCUGGAUGCCAAUCUCAAUAAAAUGGACUCGUAUGUGUGUUGCGAGGGUUGCCCCUGCCAUGCCAAACUUCGCACGACGUACACCCUGUUUAUAAGGGAUGUAGAAAAGACAAAAGUUAUUGAUUGCUUGCUCAUCAUGGCCGUGAAGGAGGAUGAUGCCUUUUUAAGCAAGUUAGCAGAGGGUUUGUUUACGCAAUUUGAUUGUCGGAGUCCGUUUCUUGAGAAGCCUGUUCGGCGCAUUCAGAAUGGAGCUUUGUUUAUGGUGCGGAUUGCGCUAUUUGACGCAUUCCGGCACGUCAAGGCACUCUUAGUGGAUCUCCGGGCAUCCCCUGCCAGUCUUGCACCGCAGAUUGACAAUGUCGUUUUGGCGCUGUAUAUUGCUCGACGGGAGAUGAGGGGGAUGAAAGGCCUAAAUGAACAUCUGCCACUUGUCAACAAGGCCUUGGCAACGGCGGACAGCAUCUACUCGCGUCUAGGAACGGAGAAUGCAUCACAGGAAUUGCGGACAUUAAAAGAUUACAUAACAAAGAUUUUUUUUCUUGUAAGCGCUCCAGAAUUCCAUCUUGCCGUGCACAGCAAGGAUCCGUUGGUUGGUAAAGGGGCAAAGUUGUGCUGCGGCAACCCCGAUUGUCCCGGAAAGGUGAAGGAAAUGCUGAAAUGCAGCGGAUGUCGCGUCACGUUUUACUGCUCCGUCACAUGUCAGCGAGAUGACUGGAAAACGCACCGAUUCCUUUGCAAGGAGAUGGGAUGCCGCAAAGCAGCACCCGCACCAAUCAAAAUGGCCGAGUGUUCCACAGAAACCCUGAAGCCUGCAGCAUUCCAUGGAUAA